AUGAACGGAAAACGCGACGUAGAAGAACAAGAAGUCAUCGACGACGACGAUGACGACAACGUCUCGAAUGAAACGGAAGAAAUCGGCGCGGCCGGAAAUGAUACCGAUCAACCACAAUCCCUGCAAAUUCAAGAAAUUUGGCAUAAGAAAGAAAUUUUGGAAUCAUUGAACAUAUUACCCGGAAGUCAAGAACUUCAGAGUUUAAUAGCAGCUCGAGAUUACAAAAGAGUUUUGUCUCAUCCGAAUUCUUCACUCACUGGAUUGUUAUUGGCUAGUUUUUCAGGAAAUGCUGAACUCCUUCAAGCAAUUUUGAGAAGAUCCAUGGUGGUGAAUGUUCGAGACAGGGAAGGAAGAACUCCUUUGCACCUUGCUUGCUGCGCAGGUUCUGCAGAAUGUGUCAAAAUCUUAUUGGAUCACAAAGCCAUGCCGAACGUGUGGAACAAAGAAGGUGUUAUAACUCCGCUUCAUUGCGCUGCCAGCGUCGGUAAUAUCCAAUGUUUAAAAUUGCUUUUGGAUGCGGGAGCUAUUCUUGACGCGGGUUUGACGACCACGGGUUUUGGUAAAACUCCACUUUAUUAUGCCGUUUUAAGCAAUUCUAUUAAUUGCGUUGAAGAGCUUUUGAAAAGGAAUGCCAGCAUUAAUACGUCUCAAGUUUACACGGAAACUCCUCUUCACGUCGCCGCAGCAAUGGGUUUUGCAAGUUGUUUAAAAUUACUUUUGGACCACGGUGCGGAUUUCCGAGUUAAAUUCGGAACUGCCAAAUCGACACCAUUGCACUUGGCCGCAGAAGAUGGAAAUGCGGAAUGUGCUAAACUUUUGAUAGAAGCCGGCGCUGAUUUAAUGUCACGAACCAACAGAAUUCAAACACCGCUUCAUUUGGCCGCGUUGGCACAAUCGGUCCAAACUUUAGAAUUAUUGCUGAUGCACAGAGCUGAUCCAAAUGCCGAAGACAUAGACAAACGAACUCCUCUUCACUGCGCCAUUGUUAAAAGUUCAAGAUCUUGCGACAGCGUGCAGUUACUCCUGCAGUACGGAGCCAAAGUUAAUGCUCCCGACGUGUUUGGUUACACUCCGGUACACAUAGCUGCUCUCAACGAAUUUCCAAACUGUCUAAAAUUACUUUUGGACCACGGCGGUGACGUGACCAAAAGAACAAACGGAAAUGUUUCGGCACUUUCAUUCAUUGCUCGUAGAACACCGGAAAUUUUAAAAUACCUUGAAAGAAAAUUAGAUCAAGGAAUAAGGCUUCACGAUCACGAAAUAGGAGAUGUCGAUUGUGAAAUAAAAUUAGAUUUCAGAGUCCUUGUGCCGAGUUUGUCUUCGGGAAUAUUUUUAGACAGUUGUGCAGAUUUUAAAAAAUGUACUAUUCCGAUGAGUUUUCGCUACGUCAGCUACGUAUUACUCGUUUGCAACUUUUCCAUUUUAGGCAAAGAACUUUUUCAAAUAGCACACAUAAGAAGAGGUUAUAUAUACCAAUGGGAAAAUUGGUUGCAGUGGCUAAUCAUUUUAGCAGUUUUUGUCACUUUAGUUCCUCCCAACUGGUUGAGUUUAAAAUUUGUAACGUGGCAGCAUCACAUUGCAGUUUUCGGAAUUUUUUUCAACUGGAUAGAAUUAAUGGUUUUGAUAGGGAGAUUCCCCAUGUUCGGCUUGUACGUUCAAAUGUUUACCAAAGGCGCCGUUAAUUUCGGAAAAUUCCUUUUGGCUUAUUUCUGUUUGCUCGCCGCAUUUUCAUUUAGUUUUAGAAUGCUUUUUCCCAAAUAUCCAUCUUUCAACAGUACAAUUAACAGCAUUGUAAAAAUCGUUGCCAUGAUGACGGGAGAGCUAGAAUUUGAAGAUAUAUUUUUCAACAGCGAAGAUCCCUUAUAUUAUCCAGGAACGUCACACAUAUUUUUCUUAUUCUUUACACUUAUAGUUACAGUUGUUUUAACCAAUUUAUUAGUAGGGUUAUCCGUUAGUGACAUUCAGGGACUUCAAACAUCUGCAGGACUUGAUAGACUCACUCGUCAGGUAGAACUUGUUGCAUACAUGGAAAGCAUGUUGUUUUCAAGAUUAUUAAAUUGGAUUCCGAAAAAAAUUUUAAGAGUUUGCCACAGGAGUGCUUUGCUUUUAUCAUCACCCAGACAAUUCACAUUAAUUAUUAAACCGAAUGAUCCAAGGGAAAAGAGAAUUCCUAAAGAAUUGGUCAAAGAAGCAUACAAAUGUGUAUCGGAAAGAAGAGGCAUUCAAAGCCCUGUUCUUAAAACUGAAUUCAUAACAAAUUAUUUUGAAAGGAACAGAUUUCCACAUUCGAGACAUGAAAUUUAUGUCAGUAAAAGAAAAAAAAGAAACAAGUAG